AGCUUUAGGUGACACGUAACUAAAGGUGCGAUUAGGCCUCGUUAAAACGUCACAUUAAAUGUGUUUAUAGGUUAAAAAGGUCUUUGCAUUAUGUAAGAAACACCUCAAAGCGUUGGCCCAGCAAGAAGACGGAAUACAAGCGAAUUGUUUUCUGUUUUGACUGUCUGUGGAAACUUUGCUAGAACUUGAGACUUUUUCAAAGGCAUUUUUUAAAAAUCAGAAAUGCACGCAUGUAGUCUUCAUGCAUCUGACCAAAAGCAUACAUUUUCAUGAGGAAUUUCGAGGGGGAGGGGGGGACAAAGUUGUUUCUGUACUGAGGAGUGAAAAGGAAAUAACCUCCAGGAGCGACAAUGGGAAACGGCGUGUGUUCCAGGAAGCAGAAGAAGAUUUUCCAGACUCUUCUACUGGUCACGGUGGUCUUUGGGAUGAUCUACGGUGGGAUGGUAUCUUAUGAGAUGCAUAAAGAGCUGAAGAGGACAGAAGCGAUGGCUCAGAAGUAUCAGCAGCAUCAGGAGUCCCUGUCUGCUCAGCUUCAAGUUGUCUAUGAGCAUCGCUCCAGAUUGGAGAAAUCUCUUCAGAAGGAGCGCAUGGAACAUAAAAAAGCCAAAGACGAUUUUCUUGUGUACAAACUAGAGGCUCAGCAGUCCCUCAAUAAAGAAAAGCAAGAUGCCAGCAUCAGGUUUAAUUCUCUGCAUGCCCAGCAUCAGAUGUUAAAGAACCAGCACGACGAUUUAAAAAAGCAGUAUUAUGAACUGCAAGAGCGACAUCAGCUACAAGGAGAUGAACACAGUAAAGCAAUAGAUGAGCACAAACAGAAACUCGACCAACUUCAUCAGACUAAAGAGACGGAGAUUUCUAAGCUCAAAGAUAAUGUAUAUAACCUACAUGAGGAGAACAAACAGUUGAGAAAAGCUCAUCAGGAAAUCUAUGUGCAGCUUCAAGAUACCAGGCAACAGCACAAGAACUUAAAAUCAGCCCAUGACCAGCUUGUGUUGACCCUGGAAGACCACAAGGGUGCGCUAGCAGCAGCUCAGGUCCAGGUGAAUGAAUAUAAACAGCUGAAGGAAACUCUGAUUAAGAUGCCCCGUCUCAGGCAAAAAGCAGGGCAGCUGCAGCCACCUGUAGCUGCUCAGUCCUCCCAGCCAGUCCAGAACAGACAGGCUGCCAACCAAGAGGAAAGGCAUCAACCCCAGGACACACAGUCACAGCUGGAGAAACCGGAGAAGGUGGAGCCCCAGCUGCCCCAAUCACAGCACAGGGAGGAGGACGGAGAGAUGGGAGGAGCCGAGGAGAGGAGGAGAGAGCUGGCAGAGGAGGAGAUGGAGCAGGCGGGGCAGCCUCAGAAACUGGAGGAGGAGUUUGAUUUGGCUCGUAAUGAGGUAGAGGAGGAGCCACAUGCCAACCAACCAAAAGAGAAUGCACUAGAGAGGGAGCAGCGUCAAGCUCAUCAAGUGGUGGCACCGGCGGAGGCUCAGGUGCAGCAUGCGCAGGUGGAGCGGGUGAAGUCUGCAUAUGAACAGCAGCAGGAGCAGCGGCGUCUGGCUGUGCAGGUGGCAGAAGAGCGCAGACAGCUGCACCUGCGUCAGGAGGCCCUGCAGAGGCAGCAAUUGCAGCAUCAGAAGGAGAGAGAGGAGCAACUGCGUCUACAGAGAGAGAGAGAGGAACAGCAGAACAGAGAAGCUGAUCUGAAAGAGCAACAACUACAGCAGGAGAUGAUCAGAAAAAAGUCACAGUAUGAAAACAUGGAUGCUGAUAUAAUCCAUGGAGAGGACGAUCCACAGAUAUCUGAGGAGAAUGAGAGGGACAUACACCAUCAGGUGCCAAGGCAAGGUGGAGAAGAACAUAUUCACCAUGAGCAGCGCCCUAUAGAAGCAGAUGUUGACCCUAAAGAUGACCCGAACAAUCAGGGCGAGGAUGAGUUUGAGGAGGCAGAGCAGAAUCAGCCCCAUGAGAAGGAGGAGGAAGAACCGGCGCCUGCAGGUCACCCAGACAUGCACCUGCACAGAGAGCAUCAGCACCAGCCCCCCGCUCAAGAACAGCUUGUGAUGGCUGGAAAUCCAGAUCAACAGGAAGACAAUGUGGAUGAACAGUACCAGGAAGAUGGGGAUGAUGAGGCCCAGGAUGAGCUGCUAGAGAAUCAGAAGCCUGCAGCUGUGAGAGAGGAAGAAGGAGACCCAUAUAAUGAGGAGAAUGGAGAACAGGAAGAGGCCAGAGACAAGGAUGUAGAAGUGAAAGAGGAUAAACAGCCCGCCCAAGAUCUCAAUGAGGAGAACUACGAAGAGGAAGAUGAGGAGAAAGAGGGCAAUGGUGAUAAACCACCCCAUCGCAGGGCAGAAAUGUGAGAAAGACAGCUAGUCGCUGCCACCAUUCUUAAACUCUGUGCCAGGCAAAGGUUCUCGUGAGCAGGAAACAGAUUUCUGUUCUGGUCUGCGUGACUCUGCAACUGAGAUGCACAAAAAAGAUGCUGAACAGUCAACCUCUUGCAGACCAAGCAGAUGCUGCUGUCUGCUAUACUGUACAUCUGUCUGUCUAUCUUUUAUUUUGUUGUUACAUAGGUCUUGCUUGUAAUUCCAUGUUGCACAUUUCUUCAACUGGAUUUUAAAAGCACAGAUUUUUCCACCAAACAUUCUAGCACUGAAAGAGUUUUCCCAGGUGCCAUUUAUCAAUUUAAAAUAUUUUAUUUUUCAUGUGGCUGCACAUUUAAGAUAAAUUCUGUCUUUGGAGUAAAACUGAAACGGUUUUAGAAAAUGUAGACUUCAGCUCUUUAAAUGGGUGAGUCUCAAAAAACUGUCAAGAAAUAUCCUUUUUUUUUUUUUAUCCUAAAAUCAAAAGAAAAAUAAAUAUAUUUUAAGUAAAGAAAUGUAAGCCUAUCUUAAGACCGUUUAAAAUUUCUCACAUUGUGACUUUGUUUUCAUGGUAUUUAAACACCCCCUCUCAAUUCUCAGUAGCCUAAUGCGAAAAAAACAAAAAAACAUUCCAUUACAAAAAUGCUAAAUAAUAAUAAUAAUAUAUUAUUUAAAUUGUGAAGUACCAUUUUAAGUAUACAUAAUGGUGGCGUUUGUUGUACAGAAUUUAAUUUAUGCCAGAAAAAAAAACAAAGUACAUUUUAUAUUUAGUCAAAUAGCAAAGAGGUUUUCAAACUGGGGUCAGAGGAAAAUUUCAGAUAUUUUUUUUUUAUUUUGUUAUUUUUAUAUAUAUAUAUAAACAUUUUCCAAAUUUGAAAAUAGUACCAUUUUAUUCUGUUUUCCAAGGACAAAAAAAAAAAAAAAAGUUCAAUUGAAAUAAAUAGGUUUUCUUCAGGUUUAUACAUCUAGCAGGACUCUUAUAGUGGGUAAAAACAAGAAAUGUGAUCAAGUUAAUACUUAUAUAAAUAUAUAAAUAUAAAUAUAGUCCAUGUAUUUUGGCCUUUGUAGAAUGGCAACAUAAAAUCAAAUUACACAUAACAUGUCUUUAUAAUAUAAAGACAAAAUGAGGAAGCAAUUCGUCAAACAAAAGCCAACAAUAUCCGCAGUAUUGCACUGCCAAGUUCUCUCCGUAGCUGUAGUUGUACAGAAGUUAGAGCAGAAGAAUUAUUAUUUUUAUUUUUUUAUACACUGCCUGGCCAAAAAAAAGGGGGAUAAUUGAUGGGAUAACCUGGUCAUUCAGUACAUUCAGGUAGUCAGCUGACUUCAUUUUAUUGCCGCAUAAUGUUGCUGAGCCGAGACCUGACCGAUUGAAGCAACCCCAGAUCAUAACACUGCCUCCAGAGUCUUGUACAGUGGGCACUCUGUAUGACGGGUGCAUCGCUUCAUGCACUUCUCUUCUUACCCUGACGUGCCCAUCACUUUGGAAUAGGGUAAAUCUGGACUCAUCAGACCACAUGACCUUUUUCCAUUGUUCCACAGUCCAAUCUUUAUGCUCCCAAGCAAAUUAAAGUAGUUUUUUUUCUGAUCAGCCUCACUAACAAGUGGCUUUCUUGUGGCCACACAGCUGUUUAGUCCCAAUCCUGUAAGUUCUCGUCACAUUGUGCGUGUGGAAAUACUCUUACUUUCACUAUUAAACAUAGCUGUGAGUUCUACUGUUGAUUUUUUUAAUGAUGUGACUUCACCAAGUGUUUUAGUGAUCUCCGAUCACAAUCAUUCAAGAUUUUUUUCGACCACAUUUCUUCCGUGAAACUUGCUGUUCACCACUAUCCUUCCUGGUUUUAAUAAUGCGUUGGACAGUUCUUAACCCAAUUCCAGAGAUUUCAUAAAUCUCCUUAGUUGUUUUCUUUGCCUGAUGCAGGCCAAUAUUUUGCCCCCUCUGAAACACAGUAACAUCUUUUCCACAACCACGGGAUAUGUCUUCUGAUAUGGUUGUUUAAGAAAUGAGAAGCUACACACUGCAUCAAUUAGGGUUAAAAGAACUGUUGCCAGAUGAAACAUGCAAUAAUGAUCCAAUCAUAGGCUCUUAAGGAUCUGCUUAUUUAAAUCCAAACAGCAACUUUUUUUUUUUUUGUUUUUUUUGGCCAGGCAGUGUAUAACUAUAGAAUAAUACAAAAUUAUUAUAAUAAAUGUGGCCAGACUGUGACAUUUUUAAAGACUGUAGUACAAUAAUGAGAAUUAGACAUUUUUUGCAUUACAGUAGUGAGAAUUUAGAGUGUGCUUAAUUUUCAUAAAAUAAUGUCACAAUGCAAAAAAAAAAUAAAUAUAUAUAUAUAUAUAUAUAUAUAUAUAUAUCUAUAUAUAUAAUAUCUUAAAAAAUGGGCUUAAUGUUCUUCAUGCAAAAUAUACAGUGUUUUAUUUUUCCUCUUGAUUUUUGGUGAGAUUUACCCAAAUAUGACUACAAUUUUUAUGGACUGGCAGCAAUCACCAGACAGCCUUGAAUCCUAACCUGGCGUUGUCCAUGCAGUUGUCUCUCAGUCAAACAUGCUUAAAAUAACUUAAAAUAACUAAUAAAUAAUGCAGUGUUGGCUUACUGCAUCAUCUGUGAGACUGCCAAGGUGCUUGGGUUAAUAGAUGUCACUACAUGAAUGUUUACAUGUAAUUCAAGCAGAUAUACGUAGCUGUUGACAAAUCAUUGUUUUUAAAUGUUAAAAAAAAAUGGUAUUUAUCUUACGGGAUUAGUGCUUAUGCUGCCUUAAAUUGAAUGAAAAUCAUUCAGUUAAAUACUGAUUUCAUUGUGAAACAAUCAAAUUUCUUUCUCAAAAUUUUUUUCUACAUACCAUGAAGUGCCUCGUUGAGACUGUAUUGAAGACUAUUAACAAGGUUAUUUAGCUACUGAUCUCAUUGUUGAAGGUUCUGCCAGUUCAAAUCUGCCAAUUAGUGUUCUAGUUUUUACUAGUACUGGUAUUCUACAUGUUACUGGACCUGGGUUUCAAAGUCUUAUUGUCACAGAAAUCAAUGCCACAUUGAAAAUGAUAGUUGAUAAGAGGCAAAUAUUCAGACGAACAAUUUGUAAAGAAAACAUUACACAAAGUUUGCACAAUACACAAAAAGUUUAGCUUACUCAAAACGAUUUGUCCUGAAUGUAUGCUAGAUCACUACAAUAUUGAAAUAUUGUAUUUAUUUUGUCUUGUAUUUACUGUUUUUUGAUAUUAUACAAAACAAUUUUUUUUUUUUUUGUUUUCAAUCUUUUUUAUUUUACUCUACAAAUAGGAUUUUUUUUUUUUUUGGAUUUAUUAGCUGUAAUACUGGUGAAACCAACUUUCUCUUAAUGGAUUCACCCAAAAAUGAAGAUUCUGUCAUCGUUUACUCACUCUCUAGUUCCAGAACCAUGUGACGAUUUAUGACAACCUCAGUCACCAUUCACUUUAUGAGCAUUUUAUUUACAAUGGAAGUGAAUGGUGACCGAGGCUAACAUUCUACCUAACAUCGUCGUCUUCUGUUCCAUGAAAAGAAGAAAGUCGUAUGAGUUUGGAACAACAUGAGGGUGAGUAAAUAAUGACAGAAUUGUCAUUUUUAGCUUGUUUAGCUCUGUUUAAUACAUUAUAUGUUAAAUAAUAAAUAUCUGUAUGUGUAUAGAUUUUUUCCCCAAAAAAGUUUUGUAAAAGUAUGACAUAUAACCUUUCUGAAAAUUAUUUACAGAGAAAUACUUGAGCCAUUUUGUUGAUAAUGGUAUGUGAGAGGAAUAAAAAUAUUGGUGGAUGAUUUAAUAUUAA